AUUGAGACAAAAAAGGAGACUUUUUUUUGUUUCCGUGACUCUGUAGAUCGUCUCGAACCCAACUGUCAGAAUCUUCGUCGAUUUGAUCGAUUCUUCUUCGUCUCUCUCCGAUUGCAAUAAACCCUUGAUUUCACCACAGAAAGGUUUUUGUUAUCGGGAAUCGAAUCUUCUGAUCAUGAAUUAUCUUCUUGGAGCUUUCAAGCCGGCAUGUAAUAUUUCAAUCACAUUCACUGAUGGGAAAAACCGUAAACAGGUACCCAUUAAGAAAGAUAAUGGACAAAUAGUUAUGAAUCCACUUUUCCAGAGUCAAGAAACUAUUGCUGGGAAGAUUAACAUUGAACCAUAUCAAGGGAAAAAGGUGGAGCACAAUGGUGUAAAAGUUGAGCUUCUUGGUCAAAUAGAAAUGUACUUUGACAGAGGAAACUUUUAUGACUUCACUUCCUUGGUGCGUGAGAUUGAUGUACCUGGAGAAAUAUAUGAAAGAAAGACAUACCCUUUUGAAUUUUCGAGCGUUGAGAUGCCAUAUGAGACAUACAAUGGCGUGAAUGUGCGCCUAAGGUAUGUCCUCAAAGUAACAGUUACACGAGGCUAUGCUGGAAGCAUCGUGGAAUACCAGGACUUUGUGGUCCGUAACUAUGUUCCGCCUCCUCCAAUCAAUAACAGCAUUAAGAUGGAAGUUGGAAUCGAGGACUGCUUGCAUAUCGAGUUUGAGUACAAUAAAAGCAAGUAUCACCUAAAAGAUGUUAUCCUUGGGAAAAUAUACUUCCUUCUGGUGAGAAUCAAGAUAAAGAAUAUGGAUCUUGAAAUCAGACGGCGAGAAUCAACUGGAGCAGGAGCUAAUACUCACGUCGAGACAGAAACACUAGCCAAAUUUGAGUUAAUGGAUGGUGCUCCAGUUAGAGGCGAAUCGAUACCUGUAAGAGUGUUCUUGACACCAUACGAUCUGACACCAACGCAUAAGAACAUAAACAACAAAUUCAGCGUAAAGUAUUAUCUAAAUCUUGUACUGGUGGAUGAAGAGGAUCGCCGUUACUUCAAGCAGCAAGAAAUCACCUUGUACAGGCUCAAGGAAGAGACAUCCUGAUGUUUACAAAACAAAAGAGAAGAGAGAAAUGAUUUUUCAGAACUUUGUAAAGCCUUUUCAAGACUUUCUGUAUGCAAAUUGGUUGGAACUUGUAGUGAUGUAGUUGAAUCAUAUUUUGUAGUUUGUUCAUCGACCCAAAUGUUGUUUGCUUUGUUUGGAUUCUUGUGACUUCCAUUGUCUUCUUAUAAAUGUACUUUUUGUUG